AUGAUCGUCUGUGACAUUGACUUCGGGAUAUUUCAGCAAGCGGAAAUUGCGACCCAUACGCGAAAGAUCAAAUGCACCCCUUCGGCCAGCGACCCGUCUUUCUACCUCCUAGCAACCGUUGCGCCGGUCCCAACACUGGUCCCAGUGUACAACGACAAAUACGUGCUCGCGAACCCGCAGUUCGAAUUGUUCACAGAGAAUGGCGUCUUGUUCGAGCCGCAGUAUACCCCGGACAAGGGCACCGCCAGCCUGCUGCACAUCCUGCCCCGUGGAUGGAUCCAGGCGCGCAGAGGUCACAAUGGCGAGGAUACCGGAUUCGACUAUGUCUAUUGCACGGUGCAGCCUCCGUCGGGGCGAUAUGUUGGUGGAUUCAAGGAGUUGGCAUGCACGCAGGGGUACUUCAAUGCGACGGUUUUGCAGUAUUGUCCGUUAUAUGACGAGUAUUUCCACACAGGAACGGUGCUUGGGGCGGAGUACAGUGCUACAACUCCUGAUUGUCUGCUGGUGACAUAUCUGGUGGUUCCCGUCUGCUGA